AUGCCUUAUGGUGCGCGCUCGCCUGGGCGUGCUGGCACUGCCACACCGUGCUUCGCGCCCCCCCCUGCAGAGUUCAUCAAUCUGAUCUCGUCGGAGGCGAAUGAGAUCUGCAGCAAGGAGGACAAGCGCACCAUCGCCCCCGAGCACGUGCUGCAGGCGCUGGAGUCGCUGGGCUUCAGCAGCUAUCUGGCGGAGGUGCAGGCAGCAUACGACCAGCACAAGUCUGAAACACUGGUGACCCACGCACGCCCUCACGCCCCUCCACACACUCCCCUCCUCUCGGCCGUGUUCCAUGGAGUCACCACGCACGCUGGGGCAGUCGAGCAGCGGCAAGGGACCUCUGACUGUCUGCCUUGCAUGCUCCCCUCCACCCUCCCCUCCUCCAUCCUCCUCCUUCCUCCCCUCCCCGUGCAGGAGUCACCGCGGGCGCUGGGGCGGUCGAGCAGCAGCAAGGCAUCGGGGGCGGUGGUGAUGAGUGAGGAGGAGGCGAUAGCGGAGCAGCAGAAGAUGUUUGCCGAGGCACGCGCUGCCAUGCUCAACCUGCAACGGCCCGCCUCCUGA